AUGAUCCAUCUCCUGCACAGCUUCCUCAGCGACAGACUGCAAGCUGUGCGGGUGGGCAGUACUACAUCACCUGCACUCACCAUCAACACCGGAGCACCGCAGGGUUGUGUGCUGAGCCCUUUUCUGUUCACAUUCUACACCAAUGACUGCACCAGUCGGUCACCCAUCACCACCUACCUCAAGUAUUCGGACGACACAGCCAUUCUUGCCUUUCUCACAGACUAUCACAGUACAACCACACACUUCACCAAGUGGUGUGAGGACAACCAUCUCUACAUCAAUAUCAGACUCCAGACUGAAGGACAACAUAGCUCAGCAGAGUCUGAUGAUGUCAGGUUGGUGGGAGGAGACAAUCGCUGUGCAGGAAAUCUGAUUUGGAAACAUCAGGAAGAGUGGAGGCCAGUGGAUAACACUGACUUGUCCCUGAAGGAAGCAGAUCUUGUCUGUAAAAAGUUAGACUGUGGCUCUGCUGUUUCUAUAGCACGGAGAGAGGAGUCCUCACGGAGAUCUGUGUGGUGGAUCAAUUCUGGCUGUGUUCAGUCUGGAUCUGUUCUGAGGGAGUGUGUAACAUCAUGGCUGUCUUUAUCCUCCAUGGAUCUCACCUGCUCAGACUCUAUCAGGCUGGUGAAUGGGACCAGUCUGUGCUCAGGCAGACUGGAGGUGAAGUCUGACCAGUCUAACCAGAGCUGGUCCACAGUGUGUGAAGCUGACUUUGACCAGCAGGAUGCAGAGGUGGUCUGCAGGGAGCUUGGCUGUGGGGCUCCUUCAGUCCUCCAGGGGGCGCUCUAUGGAGAUGUGGAGACUCCAAUGUCGACAAAAAAGUUCCAGUGUGGAGGAAAUGAGUCUGCUCUCCUGGACUGUAGAAGCUCAGGAUCAGAUAGGAACACCUGCUCACCUGGCAGAGCUGUUGGACUCACCUGCUCAGAGUCUGAUAGUUUGAGGUUGGUGGGAGGAGACAGUCGCUGUGCAGGAACACUGGAGGUGAAACAGGGCGAGUGGAGACCAGUGGAUGACACUGACUGGUCCCUGAAGGAAGCAGAUCUUGUCUGUAAAAAUCUGGAUCUGCUCUGA